AUGACAGCCAAAGAGCUGAGGAGUGACUCUGCUCCCUUCUCCUCCUCGCUGUCAGGGAAGUCCUCUGGUUUCAAGGCCUUCACAGGCUCCCAGGGCCUGCGUCUGUAUUUAGAGAAUCCAGGGGACUGCAUCUCGUCAGAGAAGCCCAGGCUGCACUACUUCAGCACAGGAGGGCAGAUGGAGUCGAUCCAGUGGCUCCUGGCUGCUGCUGGGCUAGAGGUUGAAGAGAAAUUUGUAGACACUCUGGAAGACUUUCAAAAGUUAAAAAAUGAUGGGAGUUUGAUGUUCCAGCAAGUGCCAACGGUCGAAAUUGAUGGGAUGAAGCUGGUGCAGAGCAGAGCCAUUCUCAACUACAUCGCCACCAAACACAACCUCUAUGGGAAAGACAUCAAGGAGAGAGCCCCCAUUGACAUGUACAUAGAAGGUGUGGCAGAUUUGAAUGAAAUGUACCUUUUUUGGUCCAUAAGCCCACCCAACGAACAAGCUGCCAAGAUGACCCAGAUGAAAGACAAAAUAGCAAAUUGUUAUUUGCCUGCAUUUGAAAAAGUGUUAAACAGCCACGGACAAGACUACCUGGUUGGCAACAGGCUGAGCAGAGCUGACAUUCAUCUGGUUGAACUUCUCUACACUGUUGAUGAGCUUGACCCC